GGUACGAGACUGGGUUUUUCCUUUUCAGGUUUUUCCUGUGUUGCGUUUGUUGUUAAGCAUGGACUAUUGACAUAAUCCUUGUCUUUUCUCUAAAGAAUCUUGAUCAAGAAAUAUGCCAUUGAUCGUGCGAGCAGAAGGGAGUUUUGGUGGAUCGUAUACAUCUUCACCACACGAAAUAACAACACCAUCAACCGAGCAAGAACCCACAGAAACGACACCACUCAAAGAGCGCCAUCUAAACCACACAAAACUCCCUAGAAAACUUAGAAUGCGACGAUUACCAAUCGCUUGCCUUAUCCUAGCAGAGGUUUGCGAAAGAUUUGCUUACUAUGGUAUAACAAUCAACUUUGUUUUAUUCUUGGAUAAUUUUGGUUGGUCCAUGUUUGCAGCUGCGGGAGGAGUUCUUGUUUAUACAUCAGUCGCCUGGUUCAUGUGUGCUUUGGGAGGACUUCUUGCGGAUGGACGAUUUGGAAGACAUUCUACAAUAAUUAGCGGUUUAUUAGUUUAUUACAUCGGCAGUGUAUUGCUCGUUUUACUGGCUGUCUGGCUGGACUACAGACACAAGGAGCCGAGUGAUCAAGACAGUAUACCGAUUCUUCCUUGGUUAGUUCUGAUAAUGCUUUCAGUUGCUGCCGGUGAGGGUGCUGUUAAAUCGAACCUAUCAGCAUUUAGUGCUGAACAGUUUCAAGGAGAAAGCCCUAGUGGUUCUUGGAAAGGAAUUUUUACUUGUCUUUAUUGGUUUUCUAAUGUGAUUGCAUUGUUUGGGCUAGCAGCAGUGACUUACAUUCAGCAAACAGACCUAUCCUGGACUUAUGGGUACACAUUGGGAUUUGGGAUACCUUUGGUGUCACUUACUAUCACUGCUGCAGCCUUUCUGUGUAGCUCAAAACAUUUUGUAAUAAAUCGUCCUCGUGGGACAGGGCUGCGGAAUGUGCGGAUGAUCAUUAAACAAGCUUGGAGUAAAAGAAAUGAUACAGUUGAAACAAGGGAAUUCACAUCAUUACAUAAAUCCAAAUCCAAGAUGACAUGGCUCGACAGAGCCAGUGUGCAAUAUGGUGGGACAUUUCUAAACUCUGAAGUCUGUGAGGUCAAGUCCUUAGGAAAAGCAUUUGCCUUUUCCCUCUGUCUUAUACCAUAUUGGAUGAUCUACUCCCAGCUGUAUACAACGUAUAUCUUGCAAGGACUUCACCUACAUGCAGACUUUGGCAUACUGGUCGUUCCUGCUGCAUGGAUGAGCUUGCUGGAAAUUGCCGUUGUUCUCGUCAUGCUCCCCCUGAUGGAGAAGAUUCUUUAUCCAGUGUGCAUUCAAUGCAAUUUCAGCUUGCCACUUCUAUGGAGGGUGACUUUUGGAAUGCUACUUGCUGUAGCAUCGGUGGCAAUGGCUGGCUAUUUGGAGAUGGAGAAAGCUGAUUACUUCACAGAGAAUGGCUUCACCAACCAGACAACAAGCUGCAAAGUGUAUCAUGUGGUCAAAGGGUUCAAUAUACUCUGGCAGAUGCCCCAGUAUGCCUUGCUCGGCAUGAGCGAAGUCUUUGCCAGUAUGACAGGUCUUGAGAUUGUCUACUCUCUCUGCCCAAGCACCCCUCAGAGUGUCACCUCUGCCAUCUACAACAUCAUGAUUUGCAUUGGAAGCAUUCUCAGUUUCGUUACCAUGGCAAUCGUAGUACCUUUCCAUUGGUACCCAUCCCAUGUGGAAAGUGAUAUGGUCUACCUUAACAAACGCCAGGUUGCUAGGUACUACUGGUUGCUAGGGGGUAUAGGGCUGCUAAGUGUUGCUAUAUUGCUUGCUGUUGGGUACUCUUGUGAUAUUGGGAUUAGGAAGGUUCAUCAUCAUCAUCAUAUGUUCCAGAAUGAAGAAGAUGGAAGUUCUGGGGUUCAUAUUCAGUCAUAUGAGGGAGAAAUGAGUCCUGGUGAUAAUUUUGAGACUCUUUAAACCAAACAUGCUUUAUCCAGCCAUUUAAAAAUAAUCAUUUAUUAAUUUUAAUAACGUAUUUUGUAUGCCCCCCCCCCCCCCCCCCCCGCCUUACAUGCAGUGUAGUGUACACAGUAGUAUAUUAUAGUAAGCAGGCCCGUACCCAGGAUUUUUCUUGGGGGGUGCAAAAUCUGAAAAAGUGGACCUAAUUUUUCUGGGGUGGAGGGAGUUUUCUGAUAAUAAUCUGACCACCCCUGAUACUGCCUUUGCAGUAUCUUCACGGGGCGUGUUGUUGGAUUUGGCAACAAAUACAAGUCUGACUUAUAGAUCAAUGACAUACCAGAGUAAUCUAGCUUAUGCUUUAUAGUUUUGUCUACAAAUAGCACAUCUAUUGAGAACCCAAAGUGGACUUUUGGCUGUUGUGGGGGGGGGGGGGGGGGUGUUUGCACCCCAUGCACCUGGGUACGGGCCUGGUAAGUCAGGUACUGGGUUUCUUGUGCUCUUGGACUAAGCUGUUGAAAGCUUUUUUCAAAAUAUUUUUUCACUUCUAUCUUUCAUGUAAUUAUUUGUAUCUGUCGCAAUAAGUGGUGAGGCCGUGCCCCCAGCCCCUCCCUCUUCAUGUUGCCUGAUCUUUUUUUUUAUUGCCGUCAGUGGAAAGGUCCUUCUUCUGGGUUAGCCCAGGAUCAAAUAAAAAAGAUGAGACUACACCAAAA